GUCAUGUCGCUGAGCCCCAAGCACACGACGCCCUUCUCGGUCACCGACAUCCUCAGCCCCAUGGAGGAGAGCUACAAGAAGUUCGGCGGCAUGGACGGGGCGGGCGGGCUGGGCGCGCCCCUCGGGCCGUACCGCCAGGCGUCCGUGCCCCCCGCCGCCGCCGCCGCCGCCGUGCCGCAGCACGUCCCCGCGGGCGCGGCCGCCUAUCACAUGCCCCACGGCGUCUCGCAGUUCCCGCACGGAGCCGUCGGGGGCUACUGCAACGGCGGGCUGGGCAACGUGGGCGAGCUGCCCGCCUACCCCGAGGGGAUGCGGGGCGGCGCGGCGGCGGGCGGCGGCUGGUACGGGCCCGGCGGCGACCCCCGCUACUCCAGCAUCUCCAGGUUCAUGGGCCCGUCGGCGGGGAUGAACGUGGCCGGCAUGGGCGGCCUGAGCGGCAUCGCCGAGGGCGCCAAGGCCAUCGUGCCGCUGCACGCGGCGCCGCGGAGGAAGAGGAGGGUGCUCUUCUCCCAGGCGCAGGUCUACGAGCUGGAGCGGCGCUUCAAGCAGCAGAAGUACCUCUCGGCGCCGGAGCGGGAGCACCUGGCCAGCCUGAUCCACCUGACCCCCACGCAGGUGAAGAUCUGGUUCCAGAACCACCGCUACAAGAUGAAGCGCCAGGCCAAGGACAAGGCGGCCGCCCAGCAGUUGCACCCCGACGGCGGCGGCGGCGGCGGCGGCGGCAGCGGCGGCCUGUGCCAGCAGCCCUCGCCGCGCCGCGUAGCCGUGCCGGUGCUGGUGAAGGACGGCAAACCCUGCCCGCCGCCGGGCAACGCCACGCCGGGCCCCGGGCCGGCCGCCCCCGCGGCCCCCGCCGCCGCCGCGCCCGCCGCGCACCCGCACCCCGGCUCGCUGGGGCAGGCGGCCGACCUGGAGGAGCUGUCGCCCAGCCCGCCGGCGCUGCACGGCCCCGUGGCUCCCCUGGCCCCCCUGGACUCGGCCGGCGUCGACUACAACGGCGGCAUGGUCAGCCCCAACCUGCUCUACGGCAGGACGUGGUAA